CAAAGGAUGUGGCUUGAUGUGGGACUGGACUUCACAGACUCACUGCUGCUCCUCCCACCACCAAUGAAAACUACACACACAGCCCCUGAGCAGACAUCACACACACACACACACAAACAGCCAGGGGGGCUAGCAGACUAAAUCAGGAUAUGACAUCAUACACAGGAAGGGAAGCCAAAUAACUUUUCAGCUAGUUUUUUUGGUCUGUUAUGUCAUAUUCCUAUCUGCGUUUUGGAGGGUAGAGAGAGGCUGAUGAGUGCCAGGAAGGAUCCUCUCGAGACAGUUUGGAUUUGCUCUGUUCCCUUUUGGAGAGAACAGGAGAACGAGGAAAUCUUUCCAGGUUUCCCACAACAUUCCAAGUGUCUACAGCAGGACUAACGACUGGUGUUUAAGAAAGGGCCCAGGGAUUCAUAAGAGUGAAAAAAUUCCACCAUCCACAUCCUGACUGGCUCGGACGACUCGGUCACCCUGCUCCGUUCAGCAAUGGCUCAGUGCUUGGGUCAGGUCUUCAGCAAAGACAAAACAUUCCGGCCUCGGAAGCGAUUUGAACCUGGAACCCAACGCUUUGAGCUGUACAAAAGAGCCCAGGCAUCUCUGAAAUCAGGCCUGGACUUGAGGAAAGUGGUGCAGCUGCCAGACGGGGAGAACAUUAAUGACUGGAUAGCUGUGCACGUGGUGGAUUUCUUCAAUCGAAUCAACCUCAUCUACGGGACCAUGAGCGAGUUCUGCACUGAGAAGAGCUGUCCCAUCAUGUCUGGAGGGCCACGUUAUGAAUACAGGUGGCAGGAUGGGGAUCAGUAUAAGAGGCCCACCAAACUGCCUGCUCUUAUGUACAUGAACCUCCUGAUGAACUGGAUCGAGUCCCUCAUCAAUAAUGAGCACAUCUUUCCUACACGAGUAGGAGUCCCUUUUCCUAAGAACUUUCAGCAAGUGUGCAAAAAGAUACUGAGCCGCUUGUUUCGGGUGUUUGUGCACGUGUACAUCCAUCACUUCGACAUGAUCUGUAGUAUGGGAGCUGAGGCUCACAUCAACACCUGCUACAAACACUACUUCUACUUCAUCUCUGAGUUCAGUCUCAUCGACCAUUCGGAGUUGGAGCCGCUGAAAGAAAUGACAGAGAGGAUCUGCCACUGAAAGAUGUGGAGAACAGAUGGGAAUCCAAAUGACCAAAAAGACAAUGUACUUGAGGUCUGAUCUAAGAUCAGGCGAGAUCAGAGACUCACAAAUGAGCUAAACUGCAACACAUCCUUGCUUCAGUAUGACUGAAAAACUGUGGUUCCAGUAAUUCAACACGUUCUUGAGACAGUAUAUGUUUAAAUUAUGCACAGUAGCUCAAAUUCUGCAGCACUGAUAUGAAAUGAUGCAUUGAUUGCUUAGUAUUGCGUUCAUUUUGGGCAUUUGACCAUGUGACUUCAAAGAUAUGAAAAAAUGUGUUCCUGAGAGAAACGUCUUGAAAUUAUAUGUCUAAAACUUCUGCUAAGUUACAGAGGUCACGUUCUAGCUUUGCCGUAUCUGUGCCAGUGCAGGGGCAGAAGCUUUAUUUUUACUUUAUUUUAUUUAAACAGGGCAUGUACAGUAAGAUUUUUUCCCAGAGCUAUUAACUAGUGACUGAUGAUGAAUAGUACUCAGCACUAUUUUUCUUAUUUCAGACAUUUUGUUCUGACAAUGUACUGUUUCUGCCUAUGUAUUUUUUGCAUGCAAGUUUGAAAUACAAACAAUUUAAAUGUAUAGAAAGACUCUUUUUUUUUAAGUCAAGAUACAUUUUUGUUGUUGCUAUGGACUACGUUGACAACAGUGAUGUAGAAACUUACACUGUUAAUGAACCUGAGAGAAAACAGA